AUGGCACUGGUCGAAUCAGCCAGUCAAUCGCAUCAGUAUGAGGCUAUGCAUGAGCUGGAUGAUGAGAUCCGACAUGUCCAAGAGCAAAUCCAGGAGCUCACGAAACGCCGGCGGCUAGUUACCAACACCCUCCUCAGCUCGACCAAAGUCCAAAGCCAGCUGAAAAGUCAUGUCCCCACCACUUCUUCUCCCGACCUUCCCAUGGACGACCAACCCCUCAUCACCUCGGAGAAGUCUAGCUCUAUGACAAACCACCAAACGAAUAUGCACCGCCUCUCCUUUACCGUAACCACAUUCCCGUUCACAGAUCCCUCACCAAAUAACAGCCACCUCCAUGGCCGUCUCUUAGGGAUCCGUCUUGACCACUGUUCUCGACACGGCACCUUUCAAAAGCCCUACUACAUCCUACUUCGACGCGUUGAGGAGCAGAGUGACGAGUUCCGGGUGCAUCGACAUACCAUCCCCGCAUUCGUUGCAUUGGAGAGACUUGAGGAGCAAUUCCUGCCACUGAAGGACGAAGAUGAAGGAUAUACCGUUGCGGGUUCAGACGCCAAUCAGAAAAUAAAGCAGGAUCUACACGCCUUUGUCCGCAGAGUCCGACAUGAGCUUAUAUGUUGGGAGCUAAGAAGAGACGCCAUUGAAUUACUAAAGGAGCAAUUGGAAUUAAUCCCUUCCAAAAACCCCGACAGGGACGACAGGGACGACAGGGACGACAGGGACGACAGGGACGACGAGGGGAUGGACUAUGAUUCACAAGAGGACGGCAUAGGGCUCUACGGCAUCCAAUCAAUCGAAGCAACAGCAUUCGAAGCCCGCCAGGCACGAAUUACAUGGACAGAUGGCACGGUUGCACGGAUCAAGAUCUCCAAUAAGGGGCUGAUCGAGCGGGCCGUUGUUGUGGGUGACAAUGGGAGGAUCAAGGGCGUAGAGAAUCUCCUUGUGGACGGAGAGAGCAGGAUCGAAGAGCUAGUGCAGAAGUUGAAGGUCCUGGUUGGGGUCAGUUCGUGA